GCUCUCUACUUUGCAACUGGACACCGAUAGGGGGCAUCACGGGCGUUUGGAUAGCAUACCCCCCAGUUCUAUUAACCAGCGGUUCACAAACACGCAAAGAACACAAGAGCAGGGAGACCCAUCCCGCUUCACCCAUGGCACCACCACCUCCUCCAUCCACGACCUCAAUAGCAAACGCAAAACCAAAAGCAAACGCAAACGCAAUCACACCUUCAAAACCCUCCUCCACUGCUCCUCCUCCCAAUCCCAAUCCCAAUCCCAAUCCCAACCCAGAAAGCACGACCGCGCCCUCCGAUCUCUCCACCGAACAACCACCAGCACCAAGCAAGAAGCGCAAACGCAAAGCCACCCUCGCGCAAAAACCGCACAUAUGCCACAGCACCACGUUCCGGCACCCGCGCUGGUCGUAUAUGCACCUCGAGCUCGUGACGCCGGGCACGGCUGCCGCUGUUCGGAGUAGGUGUACCUCCGACCUCGUCAAGCAAGGAGACCAGUCUGAGGGUGAACGAACCCAAGGACACGAACAAGAAACCCCAGACACAGACACAGACACAGCCAUGCCCGACCUCCCCCAACCCCCCACCUCCACCUCCCCUCCCCACCAACCAUCCCACCACCCCCCCUCCCUCUCACCCCUAACAACACUCACCCUCCUCACCCCGCCACUAACCACGCACCUGGGCCUCCUGGGCUCCGCAAUCCCGCUCGACAUACUGCACACGCGAGGCCGGCACGUCUGGGUGCGGAUCCCGCGGCAGGAUGCGGGGGCGAUGCAGGCCGCGUUGGCCGGGUGGAUGGGUUGGUGCGGGGAGGAUUUGGUUCCUGGGGAGAAUAAUGGGAAUGGGAAUGGGAAUGGGAAUGGAGGGGGAAGAGUGAGGUAUGCGUGGCGGGUGCGAGGGGUGGGCGGGACGAUUGUUGGUGUUGGCGUCGGGGAUGGGGAGGCGGAUGGGAGUGAUUUAUUUGGGAUAUGA